ACAUUACAAUUAUUCUUAUAAUGAUACAGCUGGACACGUAGUAAUUUCUUUUCACGCCAGUCAUCUUUCCUAGUUAUGGAUUUAUUUUCCUUACUGAGUAGCGGUAUCUAAUGAAUGAGGCCAUCGCUGUGAUCACUAUUGCACUUACAAAGCCAUCCUCUGAACACUCAAUAAACGUUUUACACUUAUUUAACAGAAAAUAGUAUUGUAUCUACUACAGAAGCGUCGGUCCCUUUACGUCUGUAGUUUAAGCUAAUUACUAAAGAAGUGGUGAAUAUGGUAUUAAAUACUGAUCCCGAAACGAACCUCGUGCCGUGUGUUCGCAUUUUUCAACAGGUUUUGACGCCGCAACCAAAUGGAAUGACAUAAAUUUUGCGUUUAAUCGGAGGACUUGCCAUAUUGUACAUCAGCCAGCAUGAGCAGCGAGUCUGAAGAAGUUCAGCCGAGUAAAGAUGUUGAGGAGAAACUUCAAAUAUUACACCUACCAACAGAGAUUCUUUUAAAAAUAUUCUCUUUCUUGGACGCCAAGUUCCUCGUAUCAUCAGUGAGCUUAGUAUGUAGACAAUUUCAUGCUAUAUUGGUUGAUCCAAACAUGUGGAAGUAUAGAGUGAAGAAAAGGAUGAAAUAUAGCUAUCCUGCAAUUGGUAAUGAGGAUGCUAUUGACUGGCAACGGGCAUGUGUUUCACUGGAAUCUGAACGUUUCUACUGGACCCAUCGGCAUGAAACAAUGCUGCAGUUGGAACCUGCAGAUUAUGUACAUAUUGCUGCUGUUGACUCAGUUGCUCUGAUUCAUGGUGGACAGCUAUGUGUCUCUGGGUCGAGAGACAGGAGCUUGGCACUAUGGGAUCUUACAUCAACUGGAUCUGUAAAUGGCUACCUGCGACAGGAUGCUCAUUCUGGAUGGAUCUGGGCCCUGCUUCCUGAUGCAAAAGAGCCUGGAACAUUGUAUUCUUGUUCCUGGGACUACACUGUCAAGUGCUGGGACGUACACAGAGUUCUAGAGCAGCGGUCAUCUACUGCGUUGAAGGCAGCCGUUCUCUCAUUAACACAGAUCACUCAAUCGUCAGUGUUGGCCUGUGGCCAGUAUACAGGUCAUGUGGCGUUGGUAGAUACCAGAUGUUCUGGGGAUGGACCUGCAUCUCUGCUGCGGCCCCAUCAUCGUGCUGCUCUUGGGUUAGCUUCUUGGGGUGAGAAUGUUCUCGUCUCUGCCAGUGAAGAGGGUCGUUUAGUUACCACUGAUCUCCGCAGUCCUGACAGCCCCCUCGCCCAACUUACAUUGUCUGAAUGUUUUCCAGAGUCCAGCCAAAUCAAGUCGUACCCAACAUGCCUUUCAGUACGAGGAAAUUCCUUGUAUGCUGGAGAUUCAAAAGGCUAUGUGUGGCUGUUUGAUGCUACUGGUGGACGACUGAAACUAGUUCAGAGCUUAGAUGUGGAACAUGGAGGCCAAGUAACAGCAGUUCAGCAGCAUGAAGGUGUUGUUCUGACUGCAUCAACAGAUACUACUCUCAGAGCUUUUGCACCAUCUUGCCCUUUGGAACAGCUUUCAUUAAUACGGACUUCAGGGCAAGUGACAGGGUUUGACUAUUUAAAUGGCGUUUUAGUUACGGGAAGCACCAACUGCAAGGUGGAGAUAUAUACUCCACGGAAACGCUGACAUAGGGGGCAGCUCUGGCGGGAGGCAUUCCUACACUUGGGUGGAUCUGGUGAUGAUACACCUUCAAGGCUCUCACAUUUCGUGACCCGGUGCUUCUCUUGUUGAGGACUAAUAAAUGUGCUUUGUCUGUUUAUGGCCAACGUUGCUGUAGAUCCACUUGCUAGUAUUCGCCUUUGGUUUGCCUUAUUUACCUCGUACGUAACUGUAGAAUUGUUAACAUGUUUAUGCUUUCACAGUAAUUUUCAGGAUAGCCUUAAAAUAAUACUUUUUUUAAAAUUAUUUAUUCAGAGAAGUGUAAUUCGUUGUUUAUAAUUUAGUGUCGAUGUGAAAUGUGUCUUUUAUAAAAGAAAGAGUGCUUCCUAAACAGGGAAAACUGAAGAAUGUUUAUAGUACUAACAAUCAGAUGAUUGUAAAACAAUUAACAGAACUAUUUAAAAAAUAUUACUUUAUGUUGUCUCUGUGUGUGUGUGUGUGUGUGUGUGUGAGAGAGAGAGAGAGAGAGAGAGAGAGAGAGAGAGAGAGAGAGAGAGAGAGAGAAAUUUUCUAUAAAAAUUCUUUCCUAUUAGUAUACAUAUCUGUUUUUAUAUUUAUUUAUGGAAUGGUGAUCUCUCAGUUGAAAGCAUUAGUUGUUUUAAUCAUUGGGGACCAUAAUUUGUUCCUCUUUCAUAAAGUUACAUUUUUAAAGUUCAAUUGAACAAAAUGUGUGCCUCUUAGAGCAGAUGUGCAUUUUGAAAUUACUCAGAGUGCAGUACACCCAAUGUGUUUUUGUUUUAUAUUUUGUGUUCCUUCUGUAUAGAGGAAAGUAAUUCACUUUGAAAAAAAUUAUAAACGUGGAUGAAAAUGAAAAGUGGCUGACAGUCUACCACACAUCACCAUGGAUAGUUGCCAUGCUACUGAUUCUCUGUUACCAAAGUGCACAAUGUGACUGUAGCACAGCAACAGUUGUGUAACUCUAUACUGAGUAUAGCCCCACAUUCCUAGUUAACAUUAGAUACUGAUAUCAGGUUGCAGGAUUAUAACUAUGUUAUCACUUUCCUGCCCACUGUCAUCCUGUAAAGAUAAACAACCAUACAAUGAAUGUGAAUUAGAACAGUUAACAUUACUGAUUCUAAAUGACUGCUCUAACAGCCACCAGAGGUAGCAGUGAUAUUAAAAUUGUUAGCAGAACAGAAAAUGUGACCUGGCUCAUUUCCUUAUUAUGUGUCACCUUAGUAACUCUACUGUAAACAUGUAGCUGCCAGACACUUGGCUAUACUUAACAGUUAUAACUAGUCUUCUGGUUUUUAUUUGCCAAGAGUGCACAGAUAAACUGAAAUGCUUUCUUCACAACCACAGCAAUGCUGCCCUCAUUGCCAGAUGCACACAUAACUUGAUUGGGCUAUCCCUAAGUUUUAACGUGCAUUGCAUUUUUUAUUGACAGGAAGUAACUGUUAUAUGCCGUGUGUUUGGUAAUUUGGAGACAUUUCUCCCUUCCUUCAUUUUGUAUUUAACAGCUGUACUUGUCUAAAGGCCAAGGCACAAUAUUUUAUGAAAUAUGCAAUAAUCUAUAGUGAGUGUUUAUUUUGUUUUAUUUUGUGCCUGAAAUGAGGGAAAUGUUUUAUAAAAGUAAUACAUUGUUUGUAAGAGGGGAAACAUUGUUGGAAUGUAUUUCCACUUUACUGAUGACUUGCAGGUGCAAAUAAUUGAUUGAUCUGUGGUUGGAAGACCAAAUGUUGGUUUGUGUUGAAGGGAAAAGGCAAUUAAGAAAACUUGAAAUUAAUAGUUAAUUGAAAAUUACUUUCAGGGGUUGAAAGAUCUAUUAUUAGCACCAUUAAAAGCACUUAAAGUAGCAAAUAAUUAUGCUUGUUUUCAGAACUUCCAAGUGCUUUCUUCAUGGAUGAAAGAGGGAUUGAUUGGACAAGGGUGAAGCAUAAUCCACAUUUUUGUAACUUGUAUGUUUCUUUGUUCUUCUGAGAGAGAAAAGGAAAGAUGAAAGAUUGAAGGAGGUUGCAAAGAAAGGGGAAAGGGGGAAAAGAGAGGGUGAGGCUGGUGUGUGUGUGUGGAGGGGGGGGGGGGGGGGGACAGGUAACUCAAACUCUAGGGAGAGAGGGACUCAUCUGUUGUGAGGAUGAGGAAGCAAAGAUGAAGCUUGAUUUCCAAAGACACAUUCACUGUACAACUUUUUAAAUGGGGAUGACCACCACCAAACUCGCCAAAUGCAUUAUUGGGCAUAAGAAAACUAUCUGUCUUGAGUCACCCAGUAUUUAGCUGAUCAGCUUGCCCUACAGGAUGAUUCAACAACCCUGAAUGCCUUUUGUACCACAGCAACAUAUGAUUCCUCCACCGUCUUAGACUCAGCCACUUGUAACAAGAUUCUUUUCCCCCUCUUCCUAUUGAGUGGCUGAGAAGUUUAUUUUCAUUUUUUGCUCAUCCCACUCCCUCCUCCUACUGUCCCCCUUUUCUUUCCCCUUUCUUCUAUCGAAUAAUUACAUCAUUCUUUAUAGUCUGUCUGUAAACUGAACAGCAAACAGUGCUUGUUGUGGGGGAAGUGGCCAUCCUGGAAGAUUGUAACAACUGCCAUACAGGAUAACUAAGAAUCAAUUUCUUAUGUCACAAUGCAGUACAACAUGCUGUGAUUUAUGUAUAUUAUUUUCUUGUAUUACUUACUAAAUUCAGUAUAGUGUUAAUGCCUUUAGUGGAAAAUAUACGCUCGCAGGGCGUGUGUGCACACUGCAUCACCACCAGUUCAAAAGCAGACUGUGGAAGAUCAGUAUAACUUUAUGAAACAUCCUGUAGGUGCUUUAUUUUAUGUAACUGGAUAAAGAGAGUGGAGACCUAUCUGCUGGCUCUACAGUUUGCUGACAGAAUAUACCACCACUUAAUUUUCUCAGCAUCUUUGAAUCCAUCUUUACUGUGCACACUGUCCCUCUGUCAUUUCAAAUUGCAGAAAUCUCAGUGCUUACAUUUAUCUGACCUUCCAUUGUGUCCCUUCUUGGCCUCUCAUCCUGGGAUCUGAGUGACAUCCCUGCCCUUUCCUACUUUCCCAUACCACAAAUAUCUCAUUACUCCACGGAGUAGUUAGAAAAACUGAGAUUACUGUUAAUAAAACAGAAAGAAACUUCCUGUUAAGUAUUUUUAUCGUUAGUUCUAGUUGUUUCACCUCCUGAAGUUAAAUAACGGCCAGAUCUUCUACCUCCUUGUGAUUUUAUAGUUUCUUCCAGUGAAUUUUCCUUUUGGUACAAUCAUGUGAAGUCUACGAAAGACAGUUUGGCAUCAUAAUUUGAACUGCAGUGGGAGUAGAAGCUUAAAUAUGACAGCAAUCGUAGAAGCAAUUAAUUGCCAGGGCAAUGCAAUCUAUAUUAAUUGCACAUUUGCAUUUGCUUCAGACAUUAUAUGAUUUCAUAAUUUAAAUUUAUACAGUAUCAUACAUUUCAUCUCAGCUUUUUUUUCCUUUUUCUUGCUUUCUUUUUCUUUAAUAUAAUGGUACUGAUCUGCAUAAAAUUACUUACAAUCAGAAUCUUUUGAUUAUAAUGGAUAACUUGAUACAUUGCUGAGCAGUUACGAAUAUUGAUACUUACAGCUAUAGCAUUGCAUGCUAUAAAUGACUUUUCACUGGUGUGAGAAAUGGUUAUCAGAAAAUAAUAUUUUAAAACAUAUACCAUUGCAUACCAGAAGAAAAUUUUGGAAAUAAAAUUUAAAAACUAAGGCUUAUAAUGUAAUGACAACUAUACUUCACCAUUGGCAGUGUUCACGAAGCCUUUAUAAUGUUUCAGUUUCUUUUUCUUCUUCUCUUGUAGAUGAUUUUUGCUUUGAACUGCCCCAUCAGGAAUUAAUUUAAAUGGCAGAUUCACAUUUGUAACUAUGCUGAAGUAUAAUUAAGAUAGAUUCUCAGUGAGCACAUAUAUAUAUAUAUUAUGAGAGGAGAUGUCAUUGUGUUGUAAUCAUUCUCUGUGACUGAAUUUCAUGUGUAACAAUACAAGAACAUACAUGAAAGAAGGGGGCAUUAGCUCACUCAAAAAGACUGAAUGAAAAGUCAUAUGUAUUUGUAUUUUCAAAGUAUUGAGUAUUUGUAUAAAAAGAUAAUUCCUAUUUAUUUUUGUCACUGUUAAUGUUUAUCAACAACUUAUUAGGCACAUGACGUGUUAUAGUUUUCUUUAAAUACAAAUACAUGAAUAAUACUAACAUAAGAAAAUUCAUAAAUGUUUUGAGACCUCAUUUGUAUGAAUACAGUUAGUUGUAUGUAUUUGUGUAUACUAUUUGAGCCAGUUUGCCAAAUGCGAUAUCUUCUAAAUAUGCGUCCCGUAGUCUUGUUGUAGUCUUUGCAUUGGGCCUUUGUGAUAGGGCAGCAGUAAAUACGUUUGUUGCUGAAGAACACAGGAGUUACUAUGGUAUUAAUAAAAAUAUGCAGAUAUGUUGAACUCUUAAUUCUGAUCUCUUGCUAGUCAUCAUCAUCAACAACAACAAAAAUGCAAUCACCAUCAAGAUGCAGCAAAUAGAAAACCUAAGGCAGGAUAUCUCAUCCUCCCUUCCCCGUACACACACACAUUAUUUUUAGGGAUAGAAUCUCGUGUAUCAAAAUAGGAGGGGGAGAAUACAUAGGAGAGCUCCUCUGUGGAUUUUGUGGUCAAUAAGAGACUGAUGCAUCCAGUUCUGACUUACAAUUGUGUAACAAGUCUGUAACAGCAUAGAGUUAUUGCUGGUUCUUUCAUUUUUUAUGUCAAUAUAAGUAAAGAUAAACUUAUUUUAACCUGCAAGGUUUUUAUUAAAUAUAAAUGAAGACAGUUCAAAGCGAGCAAUCUUAGACGUAAAGGAGUAUUCCACUUUGAGUGCUUGUCUGCGCACUAAGCCACACCAACUUGCUUCUGCAAACAUAGCCAUUGUGUCAUCCCUGUCUGUUCAAUGCAUAAAAUGUAUUGGAUGGUUCAAAAGUAAAUAGCUACCAUGUUCUUUUUUCCAUCAGUAUGUUAAAGCAGCUUAAGCUCUGAGUGCAGUCUGCAGGGAUAUGUGAAAAAAAAGUUCUUCAAAACUGGCAACAAUAAAGGAAAUGACUUUGCUGCUGCUAAAACUUUCAGCAUUUAAGGUCGUGGCCCAUGAAACCUUUCUGACCCUAAAGUUUUGUCCACAAGUGCACUGCUACCCCAUCGAGGCUUGACAACUGUAGACAAGACUCAAAGGAGGAGCAAUGCCUCUGAAGAUGUCCAACACAGUUCUGGAUAAAAUGUUAGGAACAGGAGAGUGAUCUUCUACCCCGAAAGGUUUACCACCAGCAAAGUCAUCUGGCCGUGAAAGCCUUUAUUCUAUCAAAGGAAAUGACUAAUUUUUAAAAUAAUGCUAUGUGUUAGAAGGUGGAUACCAUACAGGAAAAAGACAGAAAACAAAAUAAACAAGGCAUCCACCCAUAAAAUAAUUGAAUUUGUAAUAAAAAGCUAACAGGAAUAUUUUAAAAGACAUGCUAUCUAAAUAUUUAAGAUUUUUUUGUAAGAUUUAAGAAAAAUUAUAUUUACAUUAAAAAUUGCUAUCAUUUAAUAUGAGAUGUUGAUUGAUACAUAAUUGUUAUGUAAUUAUUACGGUGUGGCAUAGCAUUUCAUAUGUGUAUAUUCAGUCGGGUCAUAAGCUGUUUUGUAGCACAAACAUAUAUACUGAUUGCUGCUAAUUUUACAUCUGGUGUUUAUUGAAACAAUGUCUACUUUAUGUUUGAAGAAGUUGCUGAACCUGGUGGAAUAUUUUGGAGUUGGAUACCUUCUUCCUUUCUUUCCUACAAUUUUACCUUUCAUUUCAUUUACCAGUUGUACUGUCAAACAGCAGCUGAUGGAACAAAAAUAGUUUAUCUCCAUUCUGAAUGUUGCAUCAAUUCAUACUUUGAUAGUCAUAAUACAGUCACCUUCUCGUACUGCAAUAUUCAUUUGACAUAAAAAAUUUAAUUUCCAUGGCUUAUUUCUAGUAAUAUGUGAUUUACUGAGGCUGAAUCAGCACUGCUAUUUUGUUGAUAACUGUGUAAAAUUGUAUCAAUCUCUGUACAGUAUUCUGUAAAUUGUGUAUGAGAGUCUUAAUUACAAAUGACACUGCCUUUGGCAAUAAUGGUGUGACAAGCAGCAUAAAGCUAGCAGAGCUGCAUGUUACCUUUAUUUGUACUAGUGCCCAGCAUGAGGUUAUGAUAUUUUGUGCUGCUAUGUGGGAAAAGAGAACCCUUGAAAUUAGUUCAUAAAAACAUGAAGCUAAAUAUAAAAUUGAUUGUAACAUCAGAGUACAGCAUUUGCUUUGAAUUAUUUGUGCACUACAUAUAUUUCAUGUUGAUAGGCACAGAAGGUCUCAUUCGAUUUGUAAAAACAAGAGGUGGUAUGAGGAAGAAGUCUGUAUCAGAUAGAAAAAUGUGAAAUCCAUAACUGUGUGUAACAUCAUAAAUUGAGAGUUUUUGGAGAAUAAUUGAGAAAUGUGUCAUAACCAAACCAAUAUAAUGUAACUAAUAAACUAAUAUAUAUUUUAUUAAAGCAGUAUCUGAAUCAUUACCAUGUAUGCUGUACCAAGCACAAGAUUUAAAUGAAACAGUAUUUCCAAGAGACAGUGCAUUUUGAAAUACUAUACUUCCAAACUUUUUAUUGCUAUGUUGGUGAUGUUAUUGUGCACAGUUGUAUGAAUGUACUUAAAAGGAUGGCAAUACAAGCUGCCUCUGUAUUUUAAAUAUUUGCUAUGGAUCAAAUACCUCUCUCUCUUUCCUCAUCUGUUUUUAUGUUUAUUCCAUUUUACCCUAUUUUUAUCCUUAACAUUAUUGAUGACUUACUCACAUUCUGACUCAGUUUAAUUGCAUUUUACUGGAAAAUAAAGAUUGCAUUAUACAAUA